UUUUGCAGUGUCUCCACACAGUCUAUAUGUCGAUCAGCAUAAUGACGGAAACGAGACCAGAAUCCGCCGAGCAACAACACCACGAAGUGCUCCAGAGGCCGUCAGAUGAGCCGUGUAGUGGUUGCAAACAGUUACAGAAGGAUGUUGCAAAGACAAUCAGCAUGGUUAUGGAGCGAAUGGACAAACUUCAGUAUCGGCUCGACGAGCUGCUCAAAGAGAACAAUGAGCUGAAAAGCUCAUCGGUCUCAUCGGGAAAAGCCUCACCAUCACCGGCAGAGUCGAGGAGCUCUCCGAAGCUUGUCGAGACAGUAGUCGCUCCAGUAUCAGGAGCCCGGAAGCGGAAGCCCAAGGAGCGGAGCCCACCGGCAGCUGCGAGUCCACUUCCAGACUUUUCGAAUUUGAUGAACGGAUUCAUGUUUGAUCCUCUGAAUAUGUCAAAUCCAAAUGGAAUGAUGCAAUUAUUAUCAAUGGUUCAACAGCAGCAGCAGCAGCAACAACACCACCAGCACAUUGAGAAUCAACAAUCCGUGAGCCCACCACAAUCGAAAUCCGUGAAAAUUGAAGAUCCAAUGGAUCAGGAUGUGAAACAGGAAGAGUCGGAGCGAUCCGAUAUCCCGACGGCUACAGAGGCGCAGAACCUUUUGGAUGCACUAACAGCACAGUUUAGCAGCAACGGACAGGCGUUCUUCCAGACCUCCACCACAUCUCCACCAUCAUCAUCAUCCCAAGUACAAGCGGUCAUCGAAGCAGUCGCCACACCAUCAUCCCAAAGCCAAGACAGUUCAAUGUUUGAGAAAACCGAGACGAGUGGUGAUCCGAACGCGGCGCGAUGCUCCAACUGCCGAACCGACAAGACAACCGCGUGGCGACGUGACGCCGAGGGGAAGCUUGUCUGCAAUCCGUGUGGGCUCUACUAUCGAUUGCACAAGGUUCGCCGACCAAUAGAAAUGCGCAAAAACCACAUCCAACAACGCUACCGCCGAAAGAACAAGGAAAAAGAGUCGUCGGCGGCAACACAGAUCUUCAACCAACUCCUCACACAAAUGCCGACGAUGGCGACCGGCGGAGUGAGCACUGAUGGAGCCAUCAACACAUUCAAUUUACUCGAGCAAAUCUCGCAAUUCACGCAGGCUCAAGAGCUCAUGAAUAGCAGUGCCACAUUUUAAUUAUCAUUAUUAUUUUUUCCCCCUUCACAUCCUUUUUAUGCACAAUACCUUUAUGUAAUUUUUCUUAUUUAUUGAAAUUUGAAAUUUGAAAUUCUCCAUAAUGUAUUAUUGAUUAAUAAGCAAUCCUUCAUCAUUCCAUUACCCCUUCAGAAAAAUACAGUAUUAAAUAAUUUUCCGCCAAUUUUCUAAUAAUAAUUGUGCCCCAUUUCCCCCAACUUCACCGCGUGUUUCCGACUGUGAGCUUUACCUCCUCCUCCGACAACUUAUAAUAAUAGUUAGGCUCCGCCCCAUUCUGCAGGAGGCCCCUCCCCCAAUUCUCUGUGCAUGGUUGUGUUAUAUUCACCUCCUCCCACCACUUUGUCAUUUCACUUGAAUCAUCAUUUUUGCAUUUUCAUAUUUAUUUUGAAAAAAUCUCAUCUCACUCUCUCUCUCUCUCCUUAUCUCUUGUGGUUUUUGACGGAUAAACGUAUGUAUCUCA